AUGAAAUUCAAUCUUGAACCUGUACUUUUCGACUUUGCAACUUCGCAUCCAACUGGUACUCUGUUUCCUGUGCAAAACUACAUCGCCUGCUUGUUGCUGGGUGCAUCGCCUCCGCUUAACCCCAGGGUCGAUGACUGCCUCCUGUAUGCUCAUCAGCGGCUACUGGACUGCUGGACACUAAAUCGUUGUGGUCAGGUGACACCUGUUGAUGAGUUGAAUAAUACCCGCGGUCUUCUCAAACCCGCUAACUCACCGAAUUCUCUUCGUAGUAAUCCCCGUGGAGCUUUGACUCCAACGAACGCGAACAAAACGGCUCGUGAAAAGCAUCGGAGUGUGAGUGCCGAAGAGGCGGCAGCGGUACCGUCAGCGUUACCGGCAGCGGACGUUGUCAGCAGCACUGGUUUCGAAACCGACCGUGUGAUGAAAUCUCAACAACCAAGAUUCUAUGGCGGACCUCUGAACGGAAAGGUCACCAUGUCUCAUGCAGUUCAUCCACCAUCAGCUCGUUCAAAGACCUUGGCAUGGUUUUUGGCUGAUGAUUUAUUGGAAAAGAAGGGAGCGCCGGUCAACGGUUCCAUGAAGACUGAUGGCAAAAACUCGCCGCAGGCCGGUGGCAAAUCCGAAGACAAGAAACGACGUCGAGCGCUGCGCCGUGCGAAAAAGAACGAAGGAGCUGCACAACUUGAUCUGACAGACGUGGAUGUGAACGCUGCCGCAUUAGAAGACCUUUUUGCUGGUGAGCGUCAACGUGUAUUGAGCGGUGGGGAGGAUUAUUGGUACUACGACGUGGCCUCGGAUGGCUAUUACUAUGAACAAAAUGGAGCGAAAGGCUGGAGGCGUCGUAUGCCAAAUUCGGCAUUGCAACGCAUCAAAGAACAGGAAAUCACACAAUUGGCUAAUGGUGGGAAACUUCCGAUGUUGAAUUUGCAGACAGCUGCACAAGCACAUGCAUUGUUGCAGAGUGCACUGUUCUCACAACCGGCUCUCAAAUAUUAUGAUGCAAAUUCGGAUGGAUUCUUCUAUGAGAUGGCCUCAGUAGAUGGAUGGAAACGACGUCAACCAAAUAAGCCUGUCCAUCCAACGCUGGUAAAUGGUCUGAAUACCGCACCAGUUACGACCGAAGCCGGAACACCAACUCGGCCCAGUUAUGGUGCCACUUUGGCUCGAGGACAAAUCCCUCGUCAUCAUUGUGUCCUCGAUGACAGCAGCGCAUCGUCAUCGGUUAGCGAAGAUACAAGCCUUCAAGAUGUGUUCGGCCUUGACACGGCGUUUAGUGGAUUGACGAUGGGUUGUGAUAGCCCGUUCCGACCGUUGAACACGAACACCAGCUCGUCCGCUUCCAGCACCACCACCGCUACUACUAGUAACACCACCAGCUCAGCCACAGCGACAACUGUUUCACGACCCGAAUCACUUUUGCUUAGCGAUCAGAUUCUGCCAGGAUUCAACGCUGAUAAAUUCAUUCAAGAACUUUCGUUCUCUGGCCUUGAUCCUUCCAAGGUUCUCGGCUCUGUAUCGCGUACCCCAGCCGAUCCGUGGGCAUCGCGAUGUGGCGGUUGGACGAUGCCACCGUUCGACAAGCCGACGACGAUGACAGCUACAACGUCAUCGUUAAUCGAAGACGACGACAACUCAUCCAUGCUUCUCAAAGACCUUGAGAAGAUCUGGGCGACGCCAGUCGGCGGAUUGAAUGCUUGA